AUGAAUGAAACGACGGUACAAAUUAUAUGUCUUGGAGAAACGGACGUGGGUGUUCAGAUUUGGUCGAAGAUUCCGGUGGACUCGAUGUUUUCGGACUACCGAAUACAAUCGAACGCGAACAAUAUGAUUAGCCUCGAAGUUUCGACAGAGCCUCUAUCCCAAGCCUUGCGCUCAGCCUCAGCCGCACACGAUGUCAUCGUCAAGCUCGCCAAGAAGAACGACCAACCGGUAUUUUCGUUUGAGGCUGAAACUGAAAGCAGACAAGGCAAAAAAAUGAUGGUCACGCACGACGUUCGAAUAACGGUGAUGAAGGCCGUAGAGAUUGAACAGGUCAAGGAGCCAUUAUGUCCCCCGCCUGAUCUUCACAUUAUACUGCCUCCAUUAAAGGAAUUGCGGACCAUCGUCGAACACAUGCAGAGACUCUCGGAUGUACUGGCAAUCAGUGCAACACCUCGUGGUGAACUUGUCCUCGCCAUCCAGACAGACGACGUUCGUGUGUCUACUACCUGGGAGAAUUGCCAGCGCCCUACAGUUGAGGGCGAAGCACCCAAUCCAGACCACGAGAACAAUCCAGAUCAGAAGUACGGCGCGCUAGUUGCCGUCAAGAGUUUGAUCAAGUUUCUGACUUGCCAUAUGUUUUCGAACUCGACUGUUGCUUCAAUAUGCGCAAACUUUUGUGUUAUUAUGUAUGUAUACAUAGGUUCAGUGACAGACACUGGUGGGGUCAUCACCUUUUAUAUACCCGCACGGCUAGAUGAUGUUGAAUGA